AUGUCGACUGCUAGUGGUAACCUGCGUGUGCCCGCCUCGGCCGAGGAGAAGGCGGUCGAGAGCUACGCACGCCUCGACCCGUUUCUUGCAGACAUUGAUCUCGAGGGUGCCAGCAGCAACCAUGCCGGCACUUCGCAGCGAGAUGAGAGUCGAAUUCGGCGGCUGGUCGGCCAAGUCGCUACAGUCAACCAGCUCCUCCCCAGCGGUGGAGGCGGCGGGGCCGCCCAUGACGAGGCCACCGGCAACCCGCCGACCGAGCUUCUACGCAUCGGUGCACAUUUCGAGGAGUAG